CAGAGGGCAGGCCGUCACCAAACUGACUUUCUACAACUAAAAGUCCAGUGUUUUUGUUUUGGUUGAACUGAGCUGAACACAACAUGUAACUGUAGCUUCAAGAUAACGGGAGCUUGAAUGCACAGAAGACUCGACAUCUUUGACCGAGAGGUGUCAAAUAACACGAAGUCUGUUUUUCCACCAGGGGAUUAGGAAGAGGACAAAAAGAGCCGGUUGAAAUGGGGGGCGAGAAAGAUGAAGACGACUCUGAACCCAGAUGGAAUGAAGAACUCAGGCUGGUCCUCAUUGGAAAGACUGGAUCUGGCAAGAGCGCGUCUGGAAACACCAUCCUGGGCCGGAGGCAGUUCCUGUCACAGAUCAGCGCUAGCUCUGUCACCCAGAUUUGCCAGCUUGGGAGCACUGAGCUCGCACAGGAAGAGGAUGCUAAGAAGGAGGGCCAAACUGUCACACAGAGGAGGAUGAGGAGAAUCACAGUGGUUGACAUGCCAGGGUUUGGGGACACUCACCUCAGCGAGGAGCAGAUUCAUUCAGAGAUAGCUAAAUGUGUGUCUCUCUCUGCCCCUGGGCCACACGCUUUCCUCCUGGUGGUGCCGAUAGGACGAUACACAGCUCAUGAGAACCAGGCUGCCUGCGAGUUGGCCAAGAUAUUCGGAGAGGAUGCAAUCCGUCACCACACAGUGGUUCUUUUUACCAGGGGUGAUGAGCUAGAGGGCAUGGGGUUUGAAGAUUACCUGAGAGAGACUGCACCUGCUGGGCUUAAGGCACUGAUUGACAGGUGUGGGGGCAGGUACCAUGUACUCAACAACAAGGACCCCAGUAACUCAGUGCAGGUUAAAGAGCUCCUAAUGAAGGUGGAAAAGAUGGCAAAGCAAACUAAACAUGGGUUUUAUACUAAUGCCAUGUAUUUAGAAGCAGAGGCUGCCAUCAGGGAGGAGCAGAAAAGGAUGUUGAGGGAGCGAGGGGAAGCAGAGGGGGAAGAACAGGGGGGGAACAAUAACAGUAGCGGCAUGGGAGAACAGGCUAAACUUGCAAAGCGAAGGAAGUGUGACUUGGAGUCUAAUGGAGCAGAAAGCACCAAUGGUGGAUCACAGGGGGUCAGGAGGAGGGAGUUGGAGAGAGGAAAUGAUGAGGAUUUUAGGAUGGAGAGGUGGACAGAGGAAAGCAGAGGGAACGCCUUCAGCUUCCUGAGAGACAGAGUUGAUCAGUGUAGGGACCACUUCAGAGGCAGGCGCAGAGACGGCAGCAGGGCCUUGAGCAGGCGACAGUCUCUCCAUUCAUCCUUUAUUCGCACAAGGAGGGAGGCUGCACUCUCUGCUCAGGUGCUGGAGAGAAUUAAGAUCCUGGUGGCUGCUGGAGCCACAGGCAUGGCCGUGGGGGCAGUGUUUGGGGCAGCUGCUCCUUUAGCAGCUGCAGCCGGGGCAUCUUUUGUGGGGAACUCAGUUGGUUUUGCAGCAGGUCAGUUAGCUGGGAUGUCUGUAGCGGGAGGCACAGGUGUUGGGAAGGCUGUGGGGGCCAUAGUGGCAGCAGCCACAGGUAAAACCGCAGUUGCUCUGGGGGCAGCAACAGGUGGAGUACUGGGUGGCUCUGUUGGAGCCAUCGCUGGUGCUGAAGCUUCCAGUCCUAAGGAGGGUGCUCUGGAUGCUCUGGGGCAGGUUAGUGCCAUAGGCGCCUCUGCUGUGGGAGUGGCAGCAGGUGUGGGAGGCGCCAUGGGAGCUGGAGCUGCUUUAGGUGCAGCUCUGGAGGGAGCGGCUUUCAGCACAGGAGCCGUCUGUGGAGCUGCAUCAGUAGGGGCAGCAGGUGUAGCCAAUGCUACUGUGGCUCAGAGUAGUUUAGCCUCAGCAGCAGGGCAGCACGCAGUGGCCACUGUAGGGAGUGUGGCUGCAGGUGCUGGGGCGCCUCAGUGUGCUGCAACCGGAGCCGCCUUGGCUCAGGAGGUGGUUGCGAAUGUCCCAGUGGCUGCAGGGUCCUCUGGUGCUGUAUGUGGCUUAACAGGGCCCAGUGGGGCGUCAGUGGCCAGCAGGGUUGUGUCAGACCCCUGGGGCACUGUGACAGCAACGACACGCAUCCUGACUGCAGUGGCUGAGAUAGGAAAGGCUGCAGCAGGCAUUGUCCUAGCUGGAGGUCUUGUUGUGAAGAUAGUAAAGGAAAAAGUCAGAUGUGGCACAGGGACAACAGAAGCCAGUUACACAGAGAAGAAGUCAUAUGAGGUCUACUGGAAUAAAUAAAAAUAGACCAAGAUUUUUUCCUUCACUCCACAUUAGCUUCUUUCAGUGAGAGAUAUUGCUUUGCCACAGAAAUGCAAACAUCUCAAAGAUACAAUCACAAGUUAUAACAGAUAAGAGUGCAGAAAUUGUAAUUGCAAAUAUUGGUUGUAACUGUUUGAGUCUGGUGAAUGAGUUCAGUGACAUUUGCAGUGCUGUGGGGGAUGGCUAAUAAAGACAAACACGUUUUUAUCUCUCUCAAUUUUUUAUAAGGUUGUAACUCAUCUCCCGACUGGUUGGUUGUGAAGCAGACCUGAUGUCUUCAUACACAUUUAAAAAAAAAAAGAGUAAAUAAAAAGAGAUAUUUGCUUCAGGAAACCGGGCUGUCAGAUGCUGUCAGAAAUGUCGGUCACACAGUUCAGCUGUGAGAGCUCAGCUGAAUGAAUGAAUUUCACAAGGGUUUAAAAUUUGACUUUUUCCUUUUGGUAUUUUUACAAAAGAAUCGCAGAACUGUACUUAGAAAGUAAGAUAUUUUCUUAAGCAUUUUAUUACAGGGUUUGCUUGGUGAGAUUAAUCUGAUAAAGUAAUUUAUCUUAUUACACUAGUAGGUGUUGAAAAUGAAAAGAAAUUAAGUUCUCAUUUAAAUCCUAAACUGUUUGCACUUACAGAUGACAGUGGGUGGUUUUAUUGCAGUGUGUCACAUCCUGUCAUAUGCGAACCAGACAGUUGCAGUCAUGUAUUAACACUGUAUUUAGCAACCACCAGCACUUGUUUCCAACUUCUGGAAAUGUAACAACAAUUCUUUAGUGUGUUAUCUUUGUUGCAGUGAAAUAAACAAAACCGAAGCAUUCUCCCA